CCUUAUGAAAAGCUCGGAUAUUUCUGAAUUGUUUGGUCAAAUGCCCUUCAUUCUAGUGUUUGUUCAAUGCGAGAUAAUAUAAAAAAUCUUGUGUUUCGGGAUAAAGACCAAACAUAACAGUAUAAAAAAGUUGGAGUUACACGGGAAAUACUUUUCGGCCCUUUAAAUUUAAAAAAAAAAAAUCCCAGUUGUUUUGAACCUCUCAUAAAUGUUAACACAUACCGCAGUUGUAAUAUUUCCGACGCGUCCUGAAUGCAACACAGUACUUUCCCUUCAGCCAAUCAGAUUGAGUGCUGAGCCAGAUGAUUGGUGACGUAGGCAGGCUGGCGUUUAUUUUGGCUCUUCUACUCAUUUGUCUCGCUGUCGCCGCCAUUAAACAACACCGAGGCGAUGUAAACCAUGGAGUGUCGCAUAUUUACACCAUGAUUCAGGGACUACAGAGGCUUUGCCAAGGUGUGGUUUAUUCCGCGAGAGGUUAAUGUGUCCAUAAAGGUAAACAUGUGAGAGACCAAAGGGGUCGAAAUAAGUCGGUUUGGGAAAGGUUUGAUAGAGCAGGAGGCGGAGGGGGGGUGACUGGUACAAGAAGGGUUUGUUGUGGUUUUCGGCAGGACUUGAGGAACGAGCUCGGCCGCAAAAACGCUUCACCAUCCGAAGUGAUCCACAAUGACGGAACAGAAAAUAAAGUGGGCCUGUGACUACUGCACCUAUGAAAACUGGCCAUCUGCGGUCAAGUGCACAAUGUGUCGUGCACAGAGGUCUAGGGGUCCCAUCAUCACAGAGGAACCUUACAAAAACAGCCCCGAUCUGAACCCUAGUCCGGACUGGGACCCCCCAAGAACUGAGAGUGGUAGCAACCUCCUCAUCUGCCCUGACUCCAGUGCAAGACCAAGAGUCAGGUCAACCAGCAUGGCUGAGAUUGCCAACAAGUGGUCCUGCCAGAUGUGCACCUACCUGAACUGGCCCCGAGCUCUGCGCUGCACGCAGUGCCUGUGUCAGCGCCCAAGGACCAGCAGCCCCACAGAGUCCCCUCAGACAUCAGGCUCCAACGCAGGCUGCCGUCCUGCUCCCCACUCCCCUGUGGAUACCUGUGAGGAGUACAAUGACAGAAACAGACUCAACACCCAUCAGCAGCACUGGACAUGUACAGCUUGCACAUACCAGAACUGGCCCAAAACUCCAAAGUGUGUGGUUUGUGACCACCCCAAGCCCAACAACCUGGAAGCCAUAGAGCUGGCCGAGUCUGCAGAGCCAACACCCAUGAUAAAUGAGCAGGACAGGGCUCGGUGGAGGGGCAGUUGCAGCGGAGGCCAGGGCCAACGGAGGUCCUCUCCUACGCCCAAGAGGGAAGACAAUGUCCAAAUGGACUUCCAGAGGAUAGAGCUCGCAGCUGGAGCCAUGAGCAGCAGAGAGGAGCAGGAGGUCGACUUCAAGAAGCUAAAGCAGAUUAGAAAUCGAAUGAGGAAAACAGACUGGCUGUUCCUCAAUGCAUGUGCUGGCGUGGUGGAGGGAGACCUGGCGGCAAUAGAAGCAUACAAGUCGUCGGGUGGUGACAUCGCCCGGCAGCUCACUGCAGACGAGGUGCAGCUCCUCAACCGGUCCUCGGCAUUUGAUGUAGGCUUCACCCUGGUCCAUCUGGCCAUCCGCUUCCAGAGGCAGGACAUGCUGGCUAUCCUGCUCACAGAGGUGAACCAACAGGCGGCUAAGUGCAUCCCUUCCAUGGUGUGUCCUGAGCUGACGGAGCAGAUCCGCAGGGAGAUCGCAGCCUCGCUGCACCAACGCAAAGGAGACUUCGCCUGUUACUUCCUCACUGACCCGGUCACCUUCACCCUGCCUGCAGAUAUAGAGGACUUGCCACCUGCUGUCCAAGAGAAGCUGUUCGAUGAAGUAUUGGAUCGAGAUGUGCAGAAAGAGUUAGAAGAGGAAUCUCCCGUCAUCAACUGGUCUCUGGAGCUGGGUACACGUCUGGACAGCCGCCUGUACGCCUUGUGGAACCGCACAGCCGGAGACUGUCUGUUGGACUCUGUUCUACAGGCCACUUGGGGCAUCUACGACAAGGACUCUGUCCUCCGCAAGACCCUACAUGACAGCCUGCAUGACUGCUCCCAUUGGUUUUACACACGCUGGAAGGAGUGGGAGUCAUGGUACUCGCAGAGUUUCGGUUUGCAUUUCUCCCUGAGAGAGGAGCAGUGGCAGGAGGACUGGGCGUUCAUCCUGUCUUUGGCCAGCCAGCCCGGGGCCAGCCUGGAGCAGACCCACAUAUUUGUUCUCGCGCACAUUCUUCGCAGACCGAUCAUAGUCUACGGAGUGAAAUACUACAAAAGUUUCCGUGGUGAAACGUUAGGAUACACUCGAUUUCAAGGUGUGUACCUGCCUCUGUUAUGGGAGCAGAGUUUCUGCUGGAAGAGCCCCAUCGCCCUGGGCUACACACGAGGCCACUUCUCCGCCCUGGUGGCCAUGGAGAAUGACGGCUACGACAAUCGUGGUGCAGGCGCCAACCUCAAUACUGACGAUGAUGUCACGGUCACUUUCUUGCCACUGGUGGACAGCGAGAGGAAGCUGUUGCACAUUCACUUUCUGUCUGCACAAGAGAUGGGCAACGAGGAGCAGCAGGAGAAGCUGCUCAGGGAAUGGCUCGACUGCUGCGUGACAGAAGGGGGCAUGCUGGCAGCCAUGCAGAAGAGCUCUCGCCGCCGUAACCACCCCCUGGUCACCCAGAUGGUGGAGAAGUGGUUGGACAGAUACCGUCAGAUUCGCCCCUGUGCCUCUCUGUCUGACGGUGAGGAAGAGGAGGACGAGGACGAGUGAGUCAAUAGAGGUGAAGAAGAAAAAACAGAGCUCUUAAAUCUAAGACUGGACACUGUGGGCUCUGGGAGAAUACCUUGCUAUCUGUAUUUCUUUUUUCUUUUCUCCAAAAUGUAAAUCUUUAACUUGUAAUAAUGCAUGUGUUCUGUGAGCUCCGUGGUAGAAAAAAAAUACCAGCACCGACAAACAGAAUCCCAACUACUGCUCCUAUAAAAGCACAUCAUGUCCACUUAGUUUGCCUUUCUGUGCUCAGAUUUAUCCUUAUUUCUUAUCAAAGUAAUUAUCUCGACCUGACACAAAUACUAGGACAUAUAGGAAAUUAUAAUGUAUUUAAGGAAAUCCCAAAGCCGCAUUAGAUGAGAAAUUUCAUUUACAGAAUUGCCUGACAGAAAUGUUGCUUAAAAGUCAAGAGGAUGCUGAUCCUUGUGUGUAUGUUAAGGUGUAAAAGAGCACCUGUUUUCCCCAUCCCUCUCCAAACCCCUCCUGAUGUUUGGAUUUAUUUAUUUGUCUAGGAGAUUUAGCGCGCGGAGGCGACACCUUUGUUCUGCCCCGUUUUAUCUGUGUUCCGUUUGAUCCGUUCAGUCUUGAAGUAUUUUAUUUUGCACAGAUGAUACCUACAUUCUGUGAGGGGAAGGGGGAAAAGGACGUACAAGUUUACUGACAUUUUUAUGUGUGAUUUAGUAGCUCCUUGUCAUGUAAGAGUGGGUGGUGGUGACACUGGUGGGGAAAAAAGCAAACCAAACACUCUGCCUCUUUCUAUAGAGUGCAUUAAUAUUAAAUUUGACUCACUUGCACCCUGUUUGUUUCCUUGUGGUUAUGUUUGACUGUUUGACUUCAGCGGGUGAUGGUGGAUGGGAAUGUUUUGAAAUUGAUGCGCCAGUUCGAUAAUGUAUCACACUCAAGGACAGUCAAUAAAGUUCACAGCAUCUAAAUAUAGUCCAGAUCACUGUAGGAGCUCUGACCUGCAAAACCGAAUCCCGUUUGGAAAAAAAAGACACAAAAUGUUUGAGAUUUUGGCCAAAAUCAAACAUUUGCAUUUCUGCCUCACCCUCUUGGUAGCAUCCAGUGAUUCAAAAAUUGCUUUCUCCACUGUAACAAAGAUAUAAUUUCCAAUAGUAUCAGAGUUAAGUCACCAACUGUAGCUUCAAAGUAAGAAAGCACAACAAAAGUGUUAAAAAUGAAGCUGGUACAGACAGCUGGUUCUCAGAAUCGUAUCUUUUAUUUGAACUGCACUGAAUGCUAAAUGUUCACCUUGUACAAGAAACAAAUACAAAUACUCACACUAAAAACAAAAACAUACUGCUGGCUGCCUCUUCUGCUAUUGUUGGGACACUAAGUAGGAGUUUCUGCUAUUGCUCUUACAGAGUACAGGAUGCCCCAAAGAACCUGGCCUUCAAUAGAACAAAGAAAAUAUAAUAAGGAGAGAAGAGAGAGGGGCGGAUCACAUAGGACUAUGGUUAUAGGAACAUUUAACUAGGCAUUACAAAUCUAACAGGACUCUUCAAAACUCUUUUAAACACCAAAAAC